AUGCCUACGCUUUGGGUCCUGCGGUGGUGCAGACGAACGCUCCUUGAAGCUUCUGGAUCCGGAAUCUGCAGGCUCCGCGGAGAUCCCGCUGCCAGCGUGGCGGCUGCUGGAGAUCGCCGCGGGCUCUCCACGUGGCAGGCGAGCUGCGGCCUCGAGUCGCGCCGCAGCGACCCCUGCCGCUCGUUCCGCAAUGCCCCUCCCGAUCCGGCGCUACUGCUCUCCGCGGCCUCCGCCGCCGCCAACGGUGCCGGUGCAGGUGGCGCGUCGCGGCUGCUGACGCAGCGAACAAGGUCUGGGAUCAUUCUUGACGUCGGAACCGCCGCAGAUUCAGAAAACACUAAGAGCGCUUCCGCCAUGGCAGCAGAGGCAGCAGCAGCAGCAGCAGCAGCAGCAGCAGCAGCAGCAGCAGCAGCAGCAGCAGCAGCAGCAGCAGCAGCAGCAGCAGCAGCAGCAGCAGCAGCAGCAGCAGCAGCAGCAGCAGCAGCAGCAGCAGCAGCAGCAGCAGCAGCAGCAGCAGCAGCAGCAGCAGCAGCAGCAGCAGCAGCAGCAGCAGCAGCAGCAGCAGCAGCAGCAGCAGCAGCAGCAGCAGCAGCAGCAGCAGCAGCAGCAGCAGCAGCAGCAGCAGCAGCAGCAGCAGCAGCAGCAGCAGCAGCAGCAGCAGCAGCAGCAGCAGCAGCAGCAGCAGCAGCAGCAGCAGCAGCAGCAGCAGCAGCAGCAGCAGCAGCAGCAGCAGCAGCAGCAGCAGCAGCAGCAGCAGCAGCAGCAGCAGCAGCAGCAGCAGCAGCAGCAGCAGCAGCAGCAGCAGCAGCAGCAGCAGCAGCAGCAGCAGCAGCAGCAGCAGCAGCAGCAGCAGCAGCAGCAGCAGCAGCAGCAGCAGCAGCAGCAGUCUCGUCCGAUGCACGCCGGGUAACAAUCCCGUACCUUGAUAGAUACUGCGGCGGCUCGAGAAGCAAUUUUUUUUAA